CAGCCAUGGUAAUACAUGUUCCCCUGCUGUGCUGAGCUGCCUUGAGGACGGUCGGAGGCGUCAUGGCAGACUUGCCUAUUGCCCCGGGCGAGAUCUACAUAGAAGUGGAGUACGACUAUGAGUACAAGUCCAAGGAUCGCCUCAUUAGCAUCCGGGAGGGGGAAUGCUACAUGCUAGUCAAAAAAACGAACGAGGACUGGUGGCAAGUGAGGAAAGAUGAAGCAACUAAACCUUUUUAUGUACCUGCUCAGUAUGUCAGAGAAGUCCGUAAAGCCCUCAUGCCACCUCCUAAACCUAUCGCGCAUUCUGGAAACGCACAUCCUAAAAGUGGUGCUAAAAAUCCAACCAGUUCGGAGCUGGGACCUGCUGAAAAUCUUAACAGACAAAAAUCCAAAUCCCGGCGUUCUCCUGCACACACUGCCACAUCAGGCAACUUCAGUCCGCCGAUAUCCCGCAGGAACAGUAACCAUCACGUUCCCACCACCCCGACAGAACGUGAACGACCUCAGCAUGAAAUCCUUGUCCCAGUCGGUGGCCCCCUGGCUCCUCACAAAGAGGGGUUCAGCACACUUCCUCGAAGUCGAGCCCGAUCCCCUGAUAUUGGGAGAGCUCCUCUGGACGUGGACAGCACCCAGCUCUGUGACUCUGCAGGGGAAGAGAGACGCACCAACGACUCAGAGUCUGGAGACGAACUGAGCAGCUCCUCCGCUGAACUUCUUCAGAUAGAUCCUUUAGUCUACACCAACCUCCAGGAGCUGAAGAUUUCCCAGAAAGCCCUGCCACCUCUGCCAUCCGGUCCUCCCCUCUUCAUAAAUGAUGACUGGGAGACCUACAAAGACCUCGGCGGUCGACACUACUACUACAACCGCUCAACACAGGAGAGGACCUGGAAGCCCCCCCGAACCAGGGACGCCAGCACUGGCAGCUCCAGAGAAAAUGGGCACAGCUCUGGUGAAAACUCUGAGACCACUCCUCUGUCGCUCUCGCCGUCCUUCCUUCCCUUCCUGUCGCUCUCCAACGGUCUCCUCCAGCCUCUGUCUUCAGAGGACGCCUGCUUCAGUACCUACUCUAGCCAAUCAGACAGUCGGUAUGGGUCGCCGCUGCGUGGCUGGUCAGAGGAGAUGGACGAGUUCGGCCACACGCUGUACAUCAGCGACUAUACAAACGAGAAGUGGUUAAGACAUGUUGACGACCAGGGAAGACCUUAUUACUACAGCGCUGAUGGCUCCAGGUCAGAAUGGGAGCUGCCGAAGUAUAAACUCUCCCCACCUCAGCCGUCUGGAGACGUGCUGAAGAGUCGCAGUCUGGACAGGAAAAACGUGGAUCCCAUCGUCUUGACGAAGUGGAGACACAGCACCUACGCUCUGGACUCGAACGAAAAGCCAUCUGAAAAGUGUGGCAUCCUGAACGUGACGAAAAUCACAGAGAAUGGAAAGAAAGUACGGAAGAACUGGACGUCUUCGUGGACGGUCCUCCAAGGUUCAAUGCUGCUGUUUGCCAAAGGACAAGGAGGUGGGACCAGCUGGUUUGGAGGCGGUCAGUCCAAACCAGAGUUCACUGUGGAUCUGAAGGGAGGGUCAGUGGACUGGGCCUCGAAAGACAAGUCAAGCAAGAAGCACGUUCUUGAGCUGAAGACUCAGCAGGGCACAGAGCUGCUCAUCCAGUCCGAUAAUGACGGCACGGUCAACGACUGGCUCAAAGCGCUGCAGGACGCCAUCAUCACACAUGUCUCUGAUUCUGACGACAGCAACGGGGAGGACAAGUCCGAUUCCCCUGACCAGGAGAAGCACGACAAGGAGAAGGCCAUCAAAGUCUCCAAGAAAAAUAAAUCUAUGAAGUCGGCGACCAGCGUGGACGUAUCGGACAACAAAAAGACCAAAAAGAAGCUGAUGCACUUCCUGACCCGUCGUCCAACGCUGCAGGCCGUCAGAGAUAAGGGCUACAUUAAAGAUCAGGUGUUUGGCUCCAGCCUGUCCAGUCUGUGUCAGCAGGAGAACACCACGGUACCGAUCUUCGUGAAGUUGUGUAUCGACCACGUGGAGAGCAACGGUCUGAACGUCGAUGGGCUGUACAGAGUUAGCGGAAACUUGGCUAUCAUACAAAAACUACGAUUUGCUGUUAAUCACGAUGAGAAGGUGAACCUUGCAGACGGGAAGUGGGAGGACAUCCACGUGACCACUGGAGCUUUAAAGAUGUUUUUCAGAGAGCUGCCGGAGCCGCUCUUCACCUACGCCAUGUUCAACGACUUCGUCAGCGCCAUCAAGAUUCUGGACUACAGACAGCGAGUGCUCUCCAUUAAAGAACUGGUCAAACAGCUGCCCAAACCCAACCACGACACCAUGCAGGCGCUCUUCAAACACCUCAGAAAAGUCGUUGAGCACGGGGAGGAGAACCGAAUGACCACUCAGAGCGUAGCCAUCGUGUUCGGCCCCACGCUGCUGCGGCCCGAAACGGAGUCCUUCAACAUGGCUUUCAACAUGGUUUAUCAGAACCAGAUCGUGGAGCUUAUACUGCUGGAGUAUGAGAACAUUUUUAGCAGGUAGACACAGGAGGAAAGAGCUUUUUCUUUUUUUUUAGUUUUGUUAUCCGUAUGCAGAGCUCCUCCUCAUCCACCACGGUCCUGAAAAAAUAAAAACGCAUCCUGGCCCGGCUCGGCUCUUCAUCUGAAGCCAACUUAUUUACUGAUCGUUUGCUUUUCGGACAACACCCGGAGCAAAUGUCUCCUGAGCUGAAACGUCCAACAGUUGACCAAAAACUUUGACUCUCUACACUAAGCUUAAUACUUUGUUCUGCUUGUGCCACUUUACUGCAAACGUUCUUCCUGUCCUGACUGGAUAAACAUGUGGAUUAUAUGUUAUAAACAUGUGGGACAAUCAGCUGCCGAACAGAUGGGGAGUAAAGGAGCAGCAGAGUCCAGCCUGCUGAACGGGACCUGCACGAACUGUACUGUAAAUCUUAUAGUCUCUCCUGUAUGAGUCGCACCUGGGAGGAAAUCAAACGGCUCCGUUAUCUUCAGGCUAAAUUAAAGGUGAGCUAAAGCUAGAACAAUGUGGGGGGGGGGGGGGGUGUUUGUCCUUUUUUUUUACAGUUUUAUUUUAAACGUUCGUCUCGAGUCUGCUUCUCAUCUGUAUUUUUGUUUCUGAGAAACAAGAUGGAGGCUCUGUGAACGCCUGAGAGUUCGUCGUCUCUGUAUUAUUUCUGCACGCCACCUUCUCAGUUUGACUCGUAGAACAAAUCGUCUCGCAGCGCCGGUGCGAGCGACACGGCAGUACUCGCGUGCGUCUUCACGACUAACCGAUGGCAGAAUAUUUUGGCGGACAGCCUCUGAACUGUACAGUGUUUGUGCGUGAGGGUGGAGCAGACGGAUGGAUGGACUUACUGACAAAAUGUUGUACAAAUGGUAAAUAUGAGUUUGUAUGCCUUGAGUGUUCAAAAUGAAACACGAGGGAGAGAUCACUAUGUUGUAACAUGUGAGGAAUAAAAUUGUGAACUGGGGGAGGUUUACAUGUGAGCUGAGAUGGCUUUAUCAAACUGGAAUAAAUAAUUCU